AGCAUUUAUAUUGGUGGAUCUCAUUUUCAGGACAACAGCUGGGAAGUGAAAUCGGGAAAAAGUCACGCUAAAAGGAGAGAGAAAUAUGGGUCAAAAUAGGCCUACCUUUACCAAGAAAUACUCUAUUUAUAGGCAUAAUAAACAAUUAACAGUAUAUCAUCUUAAUUAUGGUGGAUUUAGGUAAUGAUAACUGAACGCAUAGCAAAGAUGUGGCUCUCUAAAGUAUGCAGGGGUUCUUUCAACCCGUCAGUUCAGUCAGUUUUCAGGGAAAAAAUUGUACUUCAAAAUUUGAUCAGUAUACAAUCAAAUAGACAAUUUUCCGAUGGAUAUAGUCAACCUAAGGAAUCUACACAAAAAGCAGUAACAUCAUUUUACAAUCAGAGUGCCAUUGAUGCAUCAGCGAGCAAGGCUUCUGUGCGUCUUACACCAACUUCAAUCCUCUAUUCCGGCAAAAGUGCAGAUGGAAGUCAUAUCCUCAGAAGUGCCCAAUACCUUCAUAAAGAGCUGCCUGUAAGGAUUGCUCACAGAAUUGCAGGAUUCCGGAACCUCCCAUUCAUCGUUGGAUGCAAUCCCACAAUCCUCUCUGUUCAUGAAAUGUACAUUCGAGCCUUUCAUCUGAUCUCAGAAUUCCCCAUGAUAACCGACUUUGAAUCGGAGGAACCCUUUAGUCGUAUGCUGAAGAACCUACUUGAUGAACAUAAAGAUGUUGUUACGCUGUUGGCAGAAGGCUUCAAAGAGUCAAGAAAACAUAUUAGGGAUGAACAAAUGGUGAAAAAUUUCCUGGAUCGCACAUUAACUUCAAGACUUGGCAUACGUAUGCUGGCUGAACACCAUCUUGCCCUACAUGAUGAGAGACCCAACUUUGUGGGAAUUAUCUGCGUCAAUUUCUCUCCUAAGAAACUCAUUGAAAGAAAAGUGGAUUUCGCAACUAAGAUCUGUGAACUUAAGUUUGGACGUGCGCCCAAUGUUCGCAUCAAUGGUCACCUGAACACCAUGUUUCCUUACAUAGCUCAGCCUCUGGAUUAUAUCUUGCAGGAGAUCUUGAAAAAUGCCAUGAGAGCCACUGUGGAGAAUCACCUUGACAACGUAAACAUGCCAGAUGUCACCGUGACAAUAGCCAACAAUGACAUAGACUUCGUUAUAAGAAUCUCAGACCGUGGAAAUGGCAUCCCCCACAAUAUUGUGCGUAAAGUAUGGGACUACCAUUUUACCACAGCUGGACAGAGCGACAACCACCAAGUAGAUGGGGGGUUGUUUGGUAACAUUAUGGAGAAUAGAGCAGCAGGAGCCAUGCAUGGUUUUGGGUUUGGACUGCCCGCCUCGAAGGCCUAUGCAGAAUACCUUGGGGGUACAUUAACUAUUGAGUCCAUGCAGGGCAUAGGCACUGAUGUGUAUUUAAGACUGAGGCACAUUGAUGGCAAAAAAGAAAGCUUUCGUAUCUAAUGCUGCCUAUAUUGCAAGAACUUGGAGUUACUUUUUAUAUAAUAUUCAUGGGAUGAGUUAGCCAUGAGACAUGUGAGGCUAGCUAUGGGGAAGGUGAGGCUAGCUUUGAGGCAGGCAAGUCAACUGAAUUGCCAAUCUUUAACAAAAAAUAUUUUUCAGACAUUUUUGGACUAAAGUGAAAAUUAUGUCCCAAUGGAGUAUAGUAUAAUAUUCUGUUUUUGUUAGUUUCCUUGCUUUGUCACUGAUAUUAUUCCUGUGAGACUUGGGGCAAUCUCAGAGAAUUUUGUAGAUGUACAUAAUUGUAGAACAGUAGUCUUUUAUUAUUUGUUUAUGCCUAACUGGUUAGAACAGCAUAAAGCAGGCUUGUCAUGAAUGGCAUAUUUAAAGUGGGUGACAUGUUUAAAAUUAUUUACAACAAGCCAAAUCUAUCCUAUCCUCCUCUACCCACACCAUUUACGCCAGAGAUUGUUUCCGAAAGAUUUGAGAACAUGUAAUAAUGAUAUUGAAGAAUUCACCAAAACAUGGGGGGCCUGUAUGUUAAAUUCGUGUAAUUUUGGCCAAUAUUUGGCAAUGAACAACAGCAUAGUUAUACAUUUAUAUAUAUGUUAUACGUGGUAUUGUCGUAGUAUUU